UCCUCUCCACUGUGGUGGGCAGUUCCUCGUCUCGGUUUUCACUCUGGAUUAUAAAGGAGGAGUUUCCAGCGUUGAAGCCUGAAUAAACCUGAGUCCUGUGGCAGAGACGUGCCUGUUACCGGACCGUGGACUGGGCUCACACAGUGUUUGUUUUUUUUGUCCAAAACAAGAAGGAGCUGAUAAACACACUGGCAUCAUGGCUGUGGCGGGCUGCACGAAAUGCAUAAAAUAUAUGUUAUUCUUCUUUAAUUUUAUUUUCUGGCUGGCCGGAGGUGUGAUCUUAGGAGUGGCCCUGUGGCUGCGCCAUGACAGUCAAACCAGCAACCUCCUCAUACUGCAGUUUGAGGGCCACCAGGCACCGGGCACUUUCUAUAUCAGCGUGUACAUACUGAUCGCUGUGGGAGCGGUGAUGAUGCUCGUUGGCUUCCUGGGAUGUUACGGUGCCAUUCAGGAGUCUCAGUGUCUGCUGGGCACAUUCUUCUUCUUCUUGGUCAUCCUGUUUGCCUGUGAAGUGGCUGCAGCAAUCUGGGGUUUCAUGAACAGGGACACAAUCUCCAAAGAGCUGAUCAACUUCUACGACUCUGCAUACAUCAAAGCUGUGGACGUCUCCGGGUCUCCCAGUAAAGACGCUGCCAUCAAGGUCCUGGAUGUUUUCCACACUACGCUCGACUGCUGUGGUAAAGGUGAUGACACAGCGCUCUUCAAACAAGUGUCCAGCACCUUGUGUCCAAGGCAGUCUGCAGUGGAAUUUCUGAAAUCUCAGCAGAGCUGUCACCAGAAACUGAUCGAGCUGUUCUCCGAGAAGCUCCACCUGAUUGGUCUGGCCGCGCUGGUGGUGGCUGUCAUCAUGAUCUUUGAGAUGAUCUUCACCAUGGUGCUCUGCUGUGGGAUCCGCAACAGCCCUGGAGCGUAUUAGGACUCCAGCCAACAGGCAGCAUCAGUGUAUAAUGGGAUUAUUUUUAUUAUGUUUCAGCUCCUUUUCCUUUUGAUUAUAACACUAGAUGGAUAUCUCCCCUUUUUAUUUUAGAUUAGAAACAAUGAAUUGAUUUUGAUACUGCUCAUCUAUCAUUGCUGUUAUUUUAGCUUCUGUGUGUCGGAUGUUCUUUAUUAUUUAUCAUACAACACUUCAUAUGAAUCUUUUAUAUUAUUUACAGUAUUUUUGUGAAAGGUUUCUCUCAAGUCAUUAAACUUAUUGCUGUUGGAUGUAUAAAUUGUAUAUAUAUACAUAAACUUUGUAUAUGUUAAUAACACUUAGGAGAGUCCAUGUAUUCCCUGGUUGUUUGUGGCUGCAGUGUUAGUGUAACGAUAUGAUUUAGCAGGGUUUCAUGGACUAAGCUUCUGUCCUACUCUCGCCUGUAUGUCCUUUAGUCAGCUUUAUGUUUCUGCUAUGUGUGUUUUGUCUUUAUUAGCACAAAACAAGUUACUUAUCCUGUUUUAGUAAUGCUAAGAAAUGAUGUCACCUCCUUUGUACUAUUGAUUUUCCACCCUUUUCUCUCCUGAUCCAUUCAGAUUAAGUAAUUUCUUAUCAUAAGUAUCAUGUCUAUAAAUUUUGAGUAGUAGAGGAAUUCUGACUUUUCAGUUGAUUAUUUCUAGAGGCCUGAAGAGGCAAAACUACAGUAUUUUGUAAAAGAGUAGCAAAUAACAGAGAUAAGUCUGGAAAAUAAAGAUGUUUUGAGUAUCAA